GAAGAAUGAUGUUUUUCGUGAUUAAAAGAGUAUAUCUUUUGAAUUUGUUGUAAGAUUUGAAUGAAAACUGUCUUAUAGAUUCAUAAUAAUGCGAACGAGCAAACCUCCGGACUCAUCAAAUCCGAGUCCGGAUCAGUCACUCUGGAUCACUCCGGAUCACUCCGGAUCACCCCGGAUCAGUCCGGAUCACUCCAGAUCACUCCGGAUCAAUCUGGAUUACUCCGGAUCAGUUCAAAUGAGUCCGGAUCAGUCUGGAUUAGUAUUGGGAAUUUCGUUUUAAUAAAGGAACGGAACGUGAACCUGAGGUGCAAAAGAACCGACCCAGAGCUUAGAAGCCAAACUGUCAUCCGGAGGGGGGGGGGGGAAUUUUGCUACUUGUUACAGGAUAUGAAAAGGCGUUUCUUCAAUCUGAAAUCAUAUCUGACACCAAAUCUAAAUGGGUUCAACCUAUGCCCAGUAAGCUACCAGCUGUACCAGCUGUGCUAUUAUAAAGCAUGCAUUUAUUAUCUAGCAAUUUUUAAACUUUUUAGAUGCGACGACCAUUUUCGGUCAAAGCCUUCCUGUACCACUAAUAGGCUUGGCUAUCAGUAACUUAUUAAAUGCCCAUAGCGUAUGGGGGCACAGCGCACCUAAAGCACAACGUAUGGGGGCACGAUCCAUUCGAGGCUUUUACCCAUGCCGAUGUUAUUGAGUGGUACGAGUUGACGAUUGUAUCACGAGAUUGACUAAUUAUUUGAAUUUCACUUACUAUUUAAAACAGUUUUUUUUUCACAUAAAUCGUUUACAAGAUCACGGCACUCAAAUGGUUGUCGAAUGGAACAGAAUGAUUCUAAUCGAAUGACCAAAUAUUGGAAUCAUGCCGAGUGCCAAGAUCAAGUGGAUAUCGUGGCAUAAAAAAUAAUUACAUUUUAUUUUUCGUUGUUCAUACUCGCAUAUUAUAAUAUAUCUUUUCCAACGCUUUCUGCCAUAAGAGUACAGAUUUUAAUUUUAUAAUAGUCAUUUGUCUAGUUAAGACAAGCUAAAUUAUAACAAAAACUAUAAUAGAUGUUACAAAUUGCACGAUAAUACCAAAUGCAACACCAUUUUUGGUUUCGCUUAUCACGAUUUUUAUAAACGAUACGCGACGAAGUGCGAUGAAUAUUCCUGUGAGCAUGGGAGAGUGCACAGGCAACAUAUACUGUGUACGAGAAAGAGUGAACAGUUAUUUUGCAUGCAGCAAGCAACAGCCGGACAAAGCCGGUUUUUUCAAAGAACGGAACGCACGAACGUUAGCACCUUGCUAACAAUAUUGAAGCGGCAAAGAUCGGAACGGAACGGAGUGAACGGAAAGAACGAAUUGAACGGAACGGAAUGAACGGAAUGAACGGAAAGAACGAAAUAAACGGAACGGAACGGAAUGAACGGAUUAAACGUAAUGGAACGGAAUGAACGGAACGGAACGAUUUUGUAUAAAGGAUCGGAACGGAACGGCCUACAUAAAGAACGGAACUUUUUUACUACGUUCGAACCGGAACGGCCAACACUAGUCUGGAUCAGUCCGAAUUAGUCCGGAUCAGUUCGAAUGAGUCUGAAUGUCUACGAACACGUCCACGGGCCUGCCCACGCCCGAAUGCAGAGCCGAUGGCAUACGAUUCUAACUUUAUCAUUAACAUGAGAGGGACGGAGUUUAUACCCCGAACGUACCCGAAAGGUAUGCAUGCUUCACUCAUCAGGAUCUAAAGGCAAGAACAAGGCAAAAGAGACAGAAAAGUUACACGGCUACACAUGCCCUCUAGACGCGUUGUCUAUGCGUUUCGCUCGGUAUCACAGCGGCAUACGGCAGGUAAGCAGUACAAAUGCUGCUACCUGAUACGCACACAUGUUUAUCGAACACAACUAUUCGGUUCGGCUCGGUAAACUUCACGACCCAUCUGGACUCAUCUAGACUAAUCCAGACUCAUUCAGACUCAUCCAGACUCAUUCGGACUCAUUCAGACUCAUUCGGACUGAUCCAGACUCAUUCGGACUGAUCCGGACUGAUCCAAAGUGAUCCAGAGUGAUCCAGACUGAUCCGGACUGAUCCGGACUCAUUUGAACUGAUCCGGAGUAAUCCAGAUUGAUCCGGAGUGAUCUGGAGUGAUCCGGACUGAUCCAGACUGAUCCAGUCUGAUCCGGACUGAUCCGGUCUGAUCCGGACUGAUCCGGAGUGGUCCGAAGUGAUCCGGAGUGAUCCGGAGUGAUCAGGAGUGAUCCGGAGUGAUCUGGAGUGAUCCGGAGUUCAAUCCGGUUGUGAUCCGGAGUCGGAGUCAUAUUUUGCGCACCGGAGUCGGAGUUUAUCCAUGACUCCUCUCCGGAUUACCCAUCACUACUCCAGAGCUGUUGGUGUGGAUUCGGCUCUGGAGCCGUGGGUACCAUUGGUGUGCUCCAAAACACCCAUUCCUAUUCGGCAGUAACACUAUGACAAAAGUAUGAAUGAGUGUGUUAACCCAAAUAGCCAGAAUUGCUUAAGCAGCUCAUUUAGCUCAUCAACAAGAUUUGUUUCGUUUAAACACAUCCCAAGCGCCACAAAUUAAGCUUAAACGACUGGAAAAUUGAAUAUCCAUAGAAAAAAAAAUGAAAGCUCCACAGCUUCAUUGGUUUGAUCAAUAGAUGGCGUAUUAAAACUGAUAAUUAUAUUGCUAUCCUUUUCUUGCAAUGUGUUUCUGCAAGUUUCAUCUUAUCAUGACCUAUAUAGCCUUCUAACUUUCCGAGCAAAAAUCUAUAUAAAUGGUCGUGUGGUCAGAUACGUGGGUAUCAACACCAACGACCAUUACUCAAAUCUCACUUGCUUCAGUGCUGAUGGUUUGGAUGGGUGGUCCAUUGGAGUUUAGUAUUUAAACAAUUAUAUCGCCGUUCUAGUUCCAGCGAUGCAUAACUUCAAUGCGAAACCAUACAACAGUACAGAGGAAAUGAGAAAGCUCUCCUCCAAGCGAUGAAGCUCAACUGGUUUAGGUAUCCCACCAACAGAGAGCGUCACCAGCUUUUUGGGUAGUUUUAGAAUGCAUGAGUCGUUUGCCGUCUGCUAAACGAAGUCUUUCUAUAUUCCGUUUAGGUAGAGAACUUGAGUCGUUUAGUGGUCGUUUGGUGGAUUUGUGGCACUUGGGAUAUGUAUAUUUUUAAAUCCUUUGUAUUGAUGAAUUACACAAAAUUUUACACAAUUUACUGAUAAUUCACAAUCACUUCACUCAAUAUUCAUUCUUCAAUUGACGAAUCUAACUUGUUCAGCAGCAAUGAGAUUAUUGCCGGCGUCCGUCUUUGACACUUUAACAAGAGCCACCUUGUACCGAUGUCAUGCAUUAAAAAGCUAUAAAGUUCCACCAAGUUCAGUACCCUUUCUUAACAAGCCUUCAAGUUCCAUCAUUAACCCUACACAUAGUGCUAAUCAGCCACAAAGUUCCAAAGAGUACCAUGUGCCUGUUAAAAAGCUCCAUAGUUCCGUAAAGUACCGUCUAUCUCUUAAUCAGCCACAAAGUACGACAUCGGAACGAUUUUUCGUUAAACAGCCCUAAAUCAGCUAUAAAGUACGAGCGUGCUAUUUGGGAUCGGUUAACCAAUUUUAUUUCUUUGCCUGUAGUGGUUGGUAUCAUUUUAAAAGAGAUGAUUUCAGUGUUAAUUUCAAAAUAUUGUUACACAACAUGCAAAAAAAUUUAACUGUACACAAUUGUAAUAAAACAUUCGAAAGAAAAGAAAAAGACAUAAGCAUCCUCUCAAAACAAGCGGCAAGGCCGGUUGGGGUGUUGGAGUUACAGCACAUUUUUGAUUGAAAAAAAUAUUGGGGCCCUUCACGAUUCUAGUCAGUUUUUUGUAUGGAGUUUGACAGUUGGAGGCUGAAAUCAUGUAAACACUGCAUACAAAACUGCACACAAACCUAGCCUGCAAUUUUCAGUCUAGAUUAUUCUAACCUCAAAGCUAGAAUUAGAUUCGAGUACCUGCUCGAAAAAUGGCACAACAAGGUGGUGUUUACACCCAAGUAGAAAAAUCGAGCAGUUUUUUUCAUUUUUCUAAUGACACACAACCGAUUUCAGCUUAACGGGGGGUCCAGAUUGCACGCACACAAGCGCAAAUGAACACGAUGACACGCACACAUUGAGACUCGCUGUCAGUUCGUUCUGAUGGCUUGAAAACAGGCAAAAAGUUGGGUUAUGUGUGGAUUGUAAACAUUCUGUUCGUUCAAUUCACACAAGCUUGUGCCUCAACAUCAUCUCUGCCGCGCCACCGCCUACUUGCAGUAUAUCUGUUACUUUCUUCGCUUGUUGUACUGUGAAUGAGAGAAGGAGACAUAUUAUUCAGGAAAAUGGAUUUCAACAAUAAUGUUGAGGAAAAACUAGGCGACACCAUCCCAGUCAAACCGUCGAGCAAAAAACUUGAAGCAGCAAUUUCAACCGGAUCAGCUCAACUGAAAAAUGAAAAGUGCCCUACUUAUCCAUCCCAGAAUCAUCAAAAUUCCCUACCUCCUGCCGUGCCACCACGAUCCUCCUCAUUGCCCCGACCAAAUCCUCAAUUAAUCUUAAAAACGAACAUAGCCUCACCAAUUCCUUUUCCCAUCGCACCCCCUCGAACCACAUCCUUGUCCACGCAAAGCUUUCCGGUGCAAUCCAUUUCCUUUCGAGCCAUAAGCACUCCCGCUUCCGAUCCGAAUAAUACUUUCAAAUUAAACUCGCCCACCAUACCACCACGAUCCUCUUCCUUAAUGAUGCCAAAUUCUAGUCCAGUUCAGAAUAUCACGUUUCUUCCAAAAGUCCCGGUUAACACCGAAAGUGCAUCGCAUCCUCCUACCUUACCACCACGAUCUUGUUCUGUGUCCCUUCCUGAGCCCAACAGAAAACUCAAUCCAACUGAAAAUUUAACACAGUUGGAUCGUAUUGAAAAACAGUUGAACAUUCUGUCCAAAGUAGCUUGUCACACACAAUUUGUGACGAACUUAGUUUUAGACAAUCUCUGCAACAAAGACUCAAAUUCAGAAAGGAAUCCGCUAAUCAAAAAAAUGGAAACUCUUGACAUGUUAGAAGAAAUGGAGAGAAAAUUGAAACAUGAAAGUUUAUACAUGGCAAAGACGAUUUGCCUUUUGUUAAGUGCAUUAAAAGGGACCGACAAUGUCCAAGAAAGACUAUCGAUAACACUAGAUUUGUUAUUCGAUCGCGAUUUUUUUUCCAAGUUUAGUUGGACAGGUGUUGGGUUUCCGGAAGCCAAGAUUCCAUUAGAAAAAUACGUCUAUAUUAUAAGUUUAUUUAAAUUCGUAGGAGGCACUAGCUUUAUAGAUGACACAGCUACGGUUUCACACGAAACAGUGAAGACUUUUCUAGUUGAUAAGCUAAAUCACGGAAAAGCACGAAGUUUAGUGAAAGGGUUGCGACAUACGGUGAAACGUAAAAAAAGAAUUAUAGAAAAGAAUUAUGUAUAUAUGUAUAAGUUAAGUAUAUAUAUAAGUGUUUUAUUGAAUUAAUGAUUUAGGCAUUUAUACAGUUGGAAUAUUAGCUGUGAUUCAAGUUGUGAUAUGAACUAUGUAGGAGUAAACGUGUAUGAAUUUAAUGGGUAAAAAUUAUAUAUGAAAUACCCACAAUCUGUUCUAGUUCUUAAGGCAUUUCCUCCUUGCAUUUUGCCUUAUCCCGGGCAUACUCGGCAACUUUAUUCUACUCAUUUUAAUACAAAACUAAUAAAAAAAUAAACUAAUAAAAAUAUUUACCUAAACUUAAACCUUAACUACCUAUUCUAAACCUAACAGCUUACAUAUUUUAAUUAUGAUCUAACUUUCAAGUGUAUGUAAAAGAGGACUGAAAUAAAAUGUAUUACCCUGAUCUAAACUAA